AUGGCUUCAGUUUCUCACUAUUUCUUGCUAGUUUUGGUCUUUCUGGAUUCACAUGCAGCUUAGCUAUCCUGUCUGCCAGGAUGUACCUGCUCAGAGGAGAGUUUUGGCAGGACUCUGCAGUGCGUGUCUAUCACUUUGGGAAAGAUCCCAAGGAAACUUCCUGAAGAGUUCAAGCAAGUGAGAAUUGAAAAUUCACCCUUAUUUGAACUGCCCCGAGGGUCUUUCAUCAACGUGAGCACCUUGGAGUACCUUUGGCUCAAUUUUAACAAUGUCACUGUGAUCCAUCUAGGAGCCUUGGAGCACCUGUCAGAACUGAAAGAGCUGAGACUGGAGGGGAACAAACUCCGUUCAGUACCAUGGACGGAGUUCCGUGCCACCCCGCUCCUGCGGGUCUUGGACCUCAAACACAACAGGAUUGAUGCACUCCCUGAACUGGCUCUUCAGUUCUUGGUCAACCUGACCUACCUUGACCUAUCCUCCAAUAGGCUUACAGUUGUAGCCAAGAGUGUCUUCUUGAACUGGCCAGCCUACCAGAAACACCGGCAGCCUGGCUGUGAGGCCGAGAUUCUCUCCAGCAUGAUGCUGGCGCUGCACGACAACCCCUGGUUAUGUGACUGUCACCUAAGGGGACUUGUCCAGUUUGUAAAGUCCAUCAGUCUUCCAGUAGUUCUGGUGAAUCCCUACCUCAUGUGUCGAGGUCCUCUCUCCAAGGCAGGGCAGCUUUUUCACGAAACAGAGCUCAGUGCUUGCAUGAAGCCGCAGAUCUCAACCCCCAGUGCCAAUGUCAGCAUCCGGGUGGGACAGAAUGUGACCCUGCGAUGCUUGGUACACGCUAGCCCCUCACCAACUAUUGCCUGGACUUAUCCCCUGAGCACGUGGAGGGAAUUUGAUGAAAUCACCACGGUGAUCCUGUGCGCCGUGCUGCUCUCGGUGCCUGUGGGUGCCUAUGUCUGGGCAGUCCAGGCUCCCUGCAGAUGCAGGGAGUGGGGCCUGCACUGCUGUCCUCAUCGCAGGAAAGCCCCCAGGUGCCCCCUGGCAGUCCCAGAGCACAGGGAUGUCUCCUACAGAGACCACACAGCUGUCUGUGAAGAUGGCCUGGGGCACAGAGAUGCUGAGGGGGAGGGGGAAGAGGAGAGAGAUGAGGAGGGAGAUAGUGGCCCGGGGGGAAUGGUGUGGGCCUCCAGCCCCUAA